ACUUCCAACUACUUUAAUGACAGAAUUAACCACCAACACUCAAACCCUUCUCCUCAAUGAUGGCCACCGUAUCCCUCAAGUAGGUUUCGGAGCCAUGCGAGUUCCCAAGGAAGGAAUUCUUGACGCUUUGAACGCUGGGUAUAGGCUUCUUGAUACUGCCACCAUCUACAAAAAUGAGCAGGACGUGGGCGACGCCAUCCGCCAGUCGGGAAUUCCCCGGGAGCAGUUGUUUGUGGUUACCAAGUUGUGGAACACUGACCACAAACGUGUUGAAGCUGCUUUGGACGAAUCGCUCAAGAAAUUGGGCCUUGAGUAUGUGGACUUGUACUUAAUACACUGGCCAUGGUCCGAGAUUGAAGGAACUGAUCACGAGGUAUACACUGACUGGACCUUUGUCGACACCUACAAGGCGUUGCAAAAGGUGUACAAAACCACGGGAAAAAUCCGGUCUUUGGGAGUUUCCAACUUUACCAUUGCCCAGUUGGAACAAUUGUCUUCUGACAAGGAUAUCGACGUAGUGCCAGCAGUCAACCAGAUCGAAGCCCAUCCAUUGUUGACCCAGCCAAAGCUCAUGGCGUAUUUGGAAUCGAAAAACAUCCUUGCUCAGGCAUAUUCUCCACUAGGAGGCUCGGGCAACUUCUUGUUCAAAUACAAAGAAGUGACGGACAUGGCCUCUCGGUAUGGAGUUACACCAGCCCAGUUGUUGAUCUCCUGGGGAGUCCAGCGGCGUACGGUGGUGAUUCCCAGAAGCGCCACUCGUAGUAGAAUCGAGUCCAACAUCCGCACCUUCACCUUGAAGGACGCCGACUUUGAGGCGUUGAACACCUUGAGUGACACGUAUGGUGUUAUUCGUAACAACGACACCUGGCGGUUCACCCCUGGUGAAGAAUAAAUAUAUGUCUCGUAUGCCAAAUAUACUUAUAUGCCUCU